CCUUCUUAUCGUUUCCUUAUUUUCCAAACACGAAAUUAAAAUAAACCUUCCUCCUAGUUGUACAAACUAAGCGCACUUAAAUCUCUAUUCAAACGCCUCUUGGAUGAAUGAAGUCAAUGCUUUUUGUUGUACCCCCUCGCGAAUCUCAAACCGAUGGCAACGGAGGGGAAUCUUGAAUCCCUCAUCAAGGUAACAGCAUGGCUCGUCGCGUCAAUGACCUACGCUCGCUUCGCCUCUUCAAGCAUCGGACCAGGAAAGCUCCGGCUACUCUCUCUCCUCCCAGUUAUCCUCCUCCUCCCGUGCCUCCCUUGGCGCUUCACCUCCGUCAACCUCCGAGGCACUACGGCCUUCUUCCUCGCCUGGCUCGGCGUCUUCAAGCUCCUCCUCCUCUCCUUCGGCGUGGGCCCCCUCUCCCCUCACCUCCCCCUCCCCACCUUCAUCGCCAUCUCCUCGCUCCCCGUCAAAAUCCAAACAAGCUGUCAUCCCAAAUCCAACACUGACCCCUCUCUCAUUCCUUUUUGCAUCAGGCUGCCGUUGCUCGUUCUGCUCACCCCAAUCUACCGCUACAAAUCCCAAAUCCACCCCUGGGCAGUACUCGCCCUCUACUCCCUCUACAUCUAUCUCAUCCUAGACCUCAUCCUUUCCAUCACCAGGUUCUCCGUCGGCGCUCUGCUCGGCCUCACCCUUGAGCCCCAGGCCAACAACCCCUUCAAAUCCGACUCGCUACAGGAUUUCUGGGGCCGCCGGUGGAACCUGAUGGUCACCGGCAUAUUGCGGCCUUCGGUCUAUGACCCGGUCCGGUCUCGGUCGGGCACGGGCGCGGGCAUGAUCGCGGCGUUUAUCGUCUCCGGGCUAAUGCACGAGGUCGUGUUCUAUUAUAUGACGGUUGAGAGGCCGACCGGUGAGGUGACGUUGUUCUUCGUGGUGCAGGGGUUGAGUACUCUGGCGGAGGUGAAGGCGAAGAAGGCUGGGUGGUGGAGGCGGAUGCACCCGGCGGCGGCGGUGCCAAUGACGCUGGGGUUUGUGGCUGGGUUGGGGGAGGUCGUGGAGAUGCUGGCGUUGGCGGAGGAGGGCGUCCGGGCUUUGCUGAAGAGGCUGGUUGAGUGA